AUGGACGCCGUACUGGACCACUACUUCCAGGCUCCUCCUGUCACAAGGACCUUCACUGCCAUUACCGUUGUUCUAUCGUUGGGCGUAAUCCUAGGUGCCCUCUCAGACAAGACCUUCGCGUACUACCCGCUCUACGUGUACAAGUUCCCGCCCGAGAUAUGGCGAUGCGUGACUGGAUUCAUGAUAACCGGCUCCGGCAUGAGCUUCCUCUUCCAGAGCUACCAUCUCUUCAUUUACAUGAGCCAAUUGGAAGUUGGCAACCCCAGAUUUUCCAAGACUGAGGACUUUAUUUGGUACCUCAUGUGCGUAGGGGGUGCAAUUCUGUGCUUUGCCUCUACAACUAUCACGGUUCCUGGAAAUGAGGAAGAUUACCCCUGCAUUGCGAGCUGGCCCAAUAUUCGCAAACCUCGGGUCAGUUUCGGGGUGCAGGCAUGGUGGGAUAGCUUAUGGAUGGCCCGCGGAAUUAAUCAUCUCGUCGGAUUUCCGUUCACGUUCUUCCUAGACGCCCUGAUCCUCGCCAUGUGCUACACCACCACGCAGGAACAGCGAGGGAUGAAGACCAAGUUCCUCUUCAUGUUCACUAUCCCAGCCCAGCUGCUCCCAUACUGCCUGAUUCUGUUCAAUCUCGUCUUCCCCGGAGGUGCCAUCAGGAUGAUCCUGGAGAUCUACGGGCUGAUUGCCGCGCAUCUCUUCGAUUUCCUGACCAAGGUCUGGCCGCGAUACGGUGGAAACGGUCGUAGCCUGCUACCAACGCCACCUCUUCUAGCCACGCUGGUAAACUUCGUGAGCCAAAAUCUCCCGAAUUUACAGGCUCGAAUGGCCCCUGCUCCGGCUCCUGAAAGCUCCUCGUCGGGGUCCUCUACUGGCAGACCUGCGGGUUCGUCGGGUGGCCCUCUGCCAGAUUCAUGGCGAACAAGAGGCCCGGGCCACCGUCUGGGCUAG